UCCGCAGCCUAUAUUGGAGAAAACGUCAGCGAGUGUCCCUUGGACUAUUGUUCUCUUCUCUCCGUCUCGCUGAGUCGCUUCCUUCGGCAGAGCGACGAUCUCUCUCUCUCUUUCGACGCCUCCGUCUUCGAUCCCCAGGUCUCCUCUCCGGCUCUCGGUCUCUAAAAUUCUGACCCCUGCCGUCCUUCCUUUUACAUUGAAAUACAGCAUUCCGUUCUUCGGUUGAUGGCCUCGCCAGCAGCAUCUGCAGAGUUCGCCCGGGAAACUGCUCGUCAGUCUCUGAUCGCUAUCUCCCAGUCCGUUCCAGACCUCCCAAACCCCAAGGUCAAGCCGCCGAGCACCCCUGUGGCAAACGGAUACCACGACGACGGGGCAGAUAACUGCAGAUCGAAGCUGAUCUCUAUCUCGGACCUGUCGUGUCCUGAUGCCCUGCCCACGCCGUGCCCGCCAAAGAAUGUUGCAACCGUGUAACGACUGAUGCCUAGCCCUGCAUAGAUGGACAUGAUGAUGUAUCAAGUGUGGUCUUUUUGCUUCUUCUUCUUCCUUUGCUGAAGUUCUUCCCCUUUUGCUGUCUCUUGGGGGUGGAAUGGAAGUGCUUGGGUGCUUGUGUUUGUAAUUGUAAGUACUACGUAUCUGAAUUAAAAUAGCUGGGAAAGAACGGGAGGCAAUUGUACAGUUAACUGUGUCAUGACAACGGAACUAGUAGUUGCGACUUGCGAGAAACUCAACUCUUUAAGAUUCUCGUAUAUUUUUCGAAUGAAUGAUCCUUUGGUUGUACUAAA